GGUGCACACGCAGAUGGAUCUGUGUCCACCGCGCGGCAUCCAUCGUCAGUAAGAAGGUGUGUGAAUAGAUCCCGAUGCUGAGUCAGCAGGAGCUUGACACGCUGCUGCAGACGCUCAACGACAUCAACAGCCCCUUCGAGAAGCUCGGCAGCGCCCUGCGGGACAGUUACCAGAAGCAGGACCUCUUCAAGGUCGGGUCGGUGAUCUGCAUCCUCCUCGAGGACGGCCUCCUGGCCUUCGAGGCGCGGCUGGUGGGCUUCUACCUGCUCUAUGACAUCUACGCCUCGCAGUCCGGCGUGAGCUCCAGUCCCUUCAUCCCCCUGGUGCUCGACACCAUCCAGUCUACCAAGGAUGAGCGGGAGCGACGGUUCCUAGAGUGCUUCCUCUCGUCGGUCCCCAAGGAGGUGCGCCGCGAGGGUGACACACACAGGGCGGGCAUGCAGAUACACGUGACGGACGGAUGAGUGGCUGGCACUUUUGUGUGGUUGUGUGUGUAGAUCCACACGCAGUCGCCUGUGCAGUGGCUGUCGAGGCUCAAUCCCAAUGAGGUGUGUAAGCCGGGCAAGGGCAGGGAGGAACGGUCUCUCUAUCGCUGGCUGCUUCUGCAGAGCUCGGGCAACGUGGAUCUUGCCGUCUUCAGAAGGUUCUUCUCUGAGGGUAUGCCUCUGUCAUCAUCGUCCAUCCAUCCAUCCAUCCAUGUGUCGUGUGUUGUGUGUCCGCGUACGUGUGUGUGCAGGUGCGCCCAGUGUGACGGGUUUCGAGACUAUGGGCGUGCGGCCGUCGGUGAGGGACUCCACGCCCUCGUGGAUCGUCGAAGAGCCCCUCGAAGCCACGUGAGCAAACCAGAUGAAUGACACACAAUGGGGCAGCCAGCCGGCCAUGGCGGUGGUCAUCUUUGGCUGCAGGACGUUGUCGUCUGAGGAUCUCAAGUCGAGUGAGCUUCACAUGCUGAGCCUGGAGCCGUCAUGGGUCCGCCCACCGCCCCCCCUCCUGGACCCAACGGCUGACGAGGUAUGCAGCCAUUGAUUGAGCCGAUGUGCCUAUCUGUUUGUCAUUCACUCAUCGGCUUGUGUGUUGUGUUGUGUGUGUCAGGUGUACUGGCUGCAGGUGCCCCUUUUGGCCGAGCCUUUGUGGGACUACAGCAUGUGUGUGGACCAGGCCUUCGGGGGAGAGGUCAGUCAGACAGGCAGUCAGCCGACAGGGAGGGACACACAAGGGAGAGAGAGGUUCGCGAAUGGCCUCUUUGUGUGCAGAUGAAGGCUUUGCUGUCCAACGCAAUCGUCAACUCCGUCGCACCCGACGUCCAGAACGUACGUCGCCGCACACCGCGCCACACCACAGCACACCAACCAACAGAUAUCGCCAUGGAGGGUUUAUUGCUAUGUAUGUCUUGGUUGAUGCAGACGAUAUGCGAGGCGAUCGACCAGGACCCCAAGCUGGUCUACCACUGCGGCCUCACACCACAGAGACUCACCUCACUGGUGCGGACACGACACAGCCACACAAGAGAUCUCCGUCGCGUGGGUAUGUGUGUCCGUCCGUCCACCCGUCGAGUCGAUGGUCUGUCUGUGUCCUCAGAUUGAGAAGAACCCCCCCGUGGCUGUCAAGUGCCUCGAGAAGCUCAUGUCGUCCGCACAGAUCACCGAGUGAGUGAGAAGACUGGGCUGUGCACCCACCUAAGGCAGCCGUGUGCAUCUUUUAUGUGUGUGUGUGUGUGGUUCACAUGGUCAGUUACCUGUCUGUGAUGCUCAACAACCCGAUGUCGCUUCGCUGCAUGGAAGUCGUCGACAAACUCGCUUACUCAGGUCGGUCGGUUGGCGGAGUGGUGGCCGUCGCCGCAGCCGUCAUCUGCAGGUCCCCAUGUGUGUGUGGAUGUGUGUGUGCCUGUGUGUGGUGGGUGAUCAGUUGAGCUGCCGGCCGAGUUCCUGCAGGAGUAUAUCGCUCGGUGCAUCUACUACUGCUCAAACGUCUCAGACAGCACUCAGCAGCGACACGUCAGACUGGUCAGUGAGUGGAGUGCCCACCAGGCACCGCGCCAGUCACCCCAUUCCAUGCACUCACUCAUCGAGUGUGCGUGCGUGUCGUGUGUGUCAGGUGUGCAUCUUCAUCCAUUCACUGCUGCGCAACGAGCGCAUCAGUGUCGACAACGUGCUGCUGGAGGUGCAGGCCUUCUGCAUCGACCACGCCAAAAUCAAGGAGGCCGCCAGCCUGUUCAAAUUCCUGAGGCUCAAAGAGCAGGCCACGUAGACGACAGACAGACGGGACAUGUGCACUGUAGAUGACGGACG